AUGUCUGUUCAACGCAGACAGUCGGCCUUGGAUAAACCGGCUUCUCGUCGCCACAGUGAUAAACCAUCGGCUAAGAAAAAGAGCUCACCUAGUCUGAUUGCGUUGGUGGUUCUAUUUUAUUUUGUCAUCUCGUUAUCAGUCGUAUUCUUGAACAAGAUUAUUCUUAGUUCAGCAAAGUAUAAUUUUCCUUACCCUUUGUUCGUCACUUGGUUUCAACUGUUGGUAGCCUUGGUCCUUUUGAUUGUAUUUUCCGAACUUGGAAAAUGCCUUAUACCACCUUACGAAUUUGACCCAGCUAUAGCUAUCAAAAUUGCCCCACUCACAGUGAUUUAUGUGCUUAUGUUGGUAUUCAACAAUCUGUGUCUGAAAUACGUGGAGGUUACUUUUUACCAAGUGGCUCGGUCCCUAUCCAUCAAUUUCACUAUACUUUUUACAUAUGUCAUCUUGGGACAAAAAACAUCCCACUCAGCUCUGCUGGCUUGCCUGAUAGUCUUUUUGGGCUUUGCCAUUGGUUCGCUAGGCGAGAUCAACUUUUCCUGGAGUGGUAUCAUCUACGGUGUCGGAUCAUCCGCUUUUGUUGCUUUAUACGGCAUCUACGUGAAGAAAAGUCUACCCAUUGUCGUACAUAACGAGUACAAGUUAUUGCAUUAUAAUACCACGAUGGCCAUUUUAUUGUUGGGGUCCAUCUUGUUGUGUUCAAACGAAGUGGGUGCGAUUUGGCAGAAUUUGGCAGCAUACAAUAGUACCAAGUUUUGGACUCUCAUGGUGUUGACGGGAAUCACUGGCUUUGGCAUUAAUAUCAGUGUUUUCCUUCAAGUCAAGUUUACUUCUCCCUUGACGAAUACUAUAUCAGGAACAGCGAAGAGCUGUCUUCAGACCUUGCUGGCCACAUUAAUCUUUCAAAACACAAUCACCACCACCAACGCUAUUGGGAUCUUCUUGGCCAUAUUUGGAUCCAGUUACUACAGCUACAUUCGAUAUCGUGAAAUGAUAUCGAAAUGA